AUGUUGGGAAUUGUGCCAAAGUUAUAGCAAUAUAUUUGUGCUUGGAAUUUUUGGCCUGCCUUCAUGAAAAAAUUCAUGAUGAGCAAAAAAGGUCCCUUCACGAUCUUUUUCUGGACUCCAUUAGCCAAAUGGGGAAUUUCUAUUGCCAAUAUUGGAGACAUGCGCAAACCAGUUGAAUAAGUUAACACUCUGUAACAAUGCGUUAUUACCUUGACUGGAUUACUAUUUACAAGAUGGUGCUUUAUUAUUAGACCAAGAGUUUAUAAUUUAGUUCUGUGUAAUUUUUGCAUGGCUUAAACAGGAAUAUAUCAGCUUUACAGAAAACAUUCACAAGGGAAACUUUUUACAAAAUGA